GAAUCUCGAGGCGAGGUGUUCGGCCACCCCUAUUAUCUUGCUCGGCUCUUCUUCUCCCUUUCCAGUUUCCACUCUCCCCGCGGGCGCUCGCCGCCGCCUUCGAGCUUGGAGCGGAGCCACGCAUGCCAAUGGCCGUCUCCACUGUUACCGCCACCCAUCUCGCUCCCUCUUUUCCAGCCCGUAGUCGCCGGAGACGCGCCGCGCCCCGCGCCGCGGCAGGCGGCCUAACGGCGCGCGCACGGCGGCUGCGCUGCGAGUUCGUCGCCGGCGGUGGGAACGGGGCGCUCUCCGGAGAGGACGACCCUCGCCUCGUCGACCGCCAAAAAGCUCUUGAUGCAGCUAUGAAUGACAUAAACAGCUCUUUUGGAAAAGGAAGUGUUACAAGAUUAGGCAGUGCUGGUGGUGCUUUUGUUGAGACAUUCCCAAGUGGUUGUCUAACACUAGAUUUUGCUCUGGGCGGUGGCCUUCCAAAAGGAAGAGUAGUGGAGGUAUAUGGUCCAGAGAGCAGUGGAAAGACUACCCUGGCUUUGCAUGCAAUAGCUGAAGUACAGAAGCUCGGAGGAAAUGCCAUGCUUGUCGAUGCAGAGCAUGCUUUUGAUCCAGCUUAUUCAAAAGCUCUUGGGGUAGAUAUUGAAAAUCUGAUUGUCUGCCAGCCUGACAAUGGAGAGAUGGCACUAGAAAUUGCGGACCGUAUGUGCAGAUCUGGAGCAAUAGAUCUUAUCUGUAUCGAUUCGGUGUCAGCACUCACUCCACGUGCAGAAAUUGAAGGUGAGAUAGGGAUGCAACAGAUGGGUCUACAAGCUCGUUUGAUGAGUCAAGCAUUGAGAAAGAUGUCAGGGAAUGCCUCAAAGGCUGGCUGUACUCUUAUGUUCUUGAAUCAAAUAAGAUACAAGAUUGGAGUGUUCUAUGGAAAUCCUGAAGUCACUAGUGGAGGGAUAGCCUUGAAAUUCUUUGCAUCUGUCCGCCUUGAGAUACGGCCCAUUGGGAAGAUAAAAUCUCCCAAGGGAGAUGAAGAUGUUGGUGUGAAGGUUCGGGUCAGAGUGCAGAAGAGUAAAGUAUCUAGGCCCUACAAGCAAGCUGAAUUUGAAAUCAUUUUUGGGGAGGGUGUUAGUAAGUUGGGGUGCGUUCUUGAUUGUGCUGAGCUGAUGGAUGUAGUUGCAAAGAAGGGUUCAUGGUAUAGUUACAAAGAUAUAAGAUUGGGCCAAGGCAGAGAAAAGGCACUGCAGUAUCUCCGAGAGAGCCCAACCAUCUGCGAUGAGAUAGAAAAGGUGGUUCGUGCUAUGAUACCAGAAGGAUCCAGACAUAUGAGCCUACUAGCUUUCGGGCAGACAUCAUCAACUGAAGAUGAACAAGUGUACGAUGAGCAAUAAUGGCACACGACGAGGUUCCAAAGAUGAACACUUGUGAAGCCGUCAAGCACCAUAAUUCUGGGCUUGUCUUAGAGAUAACAGAAGAUCUAUCAGAGGUAAUCAACCAAUAUGCAGGCGUGUGGGCGCUUUUGGAGGGGAGUUUGACUGAUGUGUUGUACGCGUGCCACCACUGACUCACUGAGAAUGAUUUAAUUUGUGUGGGUAUUUAGUGUAAUAACCAAGGAACUGAUAUUUCCAGUUAAAUGAAGCUAAUCUUUAUCUGCA